GGGGCUGCCCGAUUGUAAGCCCUGGAUGGAUGGCAGAGGGGGGGAUUUGCUCCUUUCCCACAGAGCAGCUCAGCCUUGCCUGGGGCUGCAGUAAAAAGGAAAGUAUUUGCAGGAGGGAGGUACGGCAAGAGGAAGUCAGAUUCUCCUCCUGGGUUUGUCCGUUGAGCAUUCAUUCAUUGCUAUGGUGCUGCUUUUCUUUCGCAGUUUCUUUCCUAUCUGAGCAGUGAAAGGGUUAACUGUCUCCUGGAAAAGGUCUAGUGGACAAGCUACUAGACUUCCGAGCUUUGACAAUAGAAACCCCUAAUUGAGAGCCUUCCUUGGGAAGGGCUCCCAUCCCUGUUCUUCGCUGACUGACCUGUUUGUUUUGCUUGCACGGCCAAAGUGCAACCUUCUAGUAACAUUUCUCUUCCAAAUCAACUCAAAUCAAAAGAAACGCCUGCAGAUUCCCUGUGUUACCCACACGCGCGUAAGGCGAGUGGUUUGGUAACUGAUUGAUGAGAAACGUUUGGGGUUUCGUGAAUUAAAGGAAACUGGCAAGUUUGCAGAGAGGUGGUUCCUGCAAUCAGACUCCCCUCGCAUUCAGCUGUAAAACAAGUCCCCCUUGAGGUCUGACAAUGCCUCCAAACCGCGAUAGACGUUAGGCGUUAAUUUUCUUGCCUACAGUUGGAAAUGUAGUUAAUCAGUUUGCGUAAGUGAAGGCUAAAGCUCUUGAAGUCGCCGACUUUGGAAAUACCCUAGAGUUUGACCUCUGACCUGCGACCGACAACAUGUGCCAGACCCAGAGCAUCCAGCACAAUGCGUGGUUUCAGUGUCUAACCUGGGGCAGGACAAAUAGACAAAUGUUUGCUGUUUCUUCUCUUUCCUCUCAUUCUAAUGAUUAAUCAUAUCUGAUCGCCCGCCCCCCUGCUUUAAUUCCAUCUUUUAUUUUUAAUUAUCCACCCUGACUGUUCUAUACACCCCUUGUUUUCCAGAAUAGCUUGAAUACCCAUGAAAUAUGCUCACGGCCAAACCCCGGAGGAGAAUCUCUCCUUGGGAGAUUCUAUUUGAACAGUUUAGGCUUGCUGCUAUCCUGAAUCAUGCAUAUUAACUUACUUAAAAAGAACAAGAUCCGUUCAAAUCUUGAAGGCAAACAUUAAAUCUUCAUCCCAUUUCCUUGAACAGGUGAGGGACAAAGUCAGGAAAUGAGACACAAGACUUCUCUGGUAAUGAGGAAAAGAAAACGACUUUACAGAAACAUCCUGGAAAAGUCAAGUAGCUACCCCGGACACCAUGGUCACCACCACUCAGAAGCUGGGAAUCAUCCUCUGUUCUCUGGACUCCAUGAGCAGCCUCCCCAUGCAACUCCAGGUGGCCAUCUAAACGGACAGAUAAGACUGGGGUUACCUGGAGAAAUGUACGCCAGGUCUGAACAUUUCACUCAAGUACCAGCCUCCAGGACCGAUCCUUUUGCUGCUUCCUCGCUUCAUAGCUACGGUGGCAUGAAUCUGAACGUGAAUCUGGCUCCACACCACGGCCCUGGUGCUUUCUUUCGUUACAUGAGGCAGCCCAUCAAACAGGAACUCAUCUGUAAAUGGAUUGAGUUGGACCAGACUCCCAAAAAAUUAUGCUCGAAAACUUUCACCACAAUGCACGAGCUGGUGACUCAUGUCACAGUGGAGCAUGUUGGAGGACCCGAGCAGUCCAAUCACAUAUGUUUCUGGGAAGAGUGUCCAAGAGAGGGGAAACCUUUCAAAGCCAAAUAUAAACUUGUAAAUCACAUCAGAGUCCACACAGGUGAAAAACCCUUCCCCUGCCCUUUCCCAGGCUGUGGGAAAGUGUUUGCUAGAUCAGAAAAUCUCAAAAUACACAAAAGAACUCACACAGGAGAAAAACCAUUCAAAUGUGAAUUCGAAGGCUGUGACAGACGAUUUGCCAACAGCAGUGACAGGAAGAAGCACUCUCACGUGCACACCAGCGACAAACCCUACAACUGCAAAGUGAGAGGCUGCGACAAGUCCUACACCCACCCCAGUUCCUUGAGGAAACACAUGAAAGUGCACUGCAAAUCCCCUCCUCCGAGUUCAGGCUACGAGUCCUCCACACCUUCCCUGGUGUCUCCCUCCUCGGACUCCGGCCGGGACCCUCCUGCUUCCUGUUCUCACGCAGAGCCAGUAGCAUCGUCGCAAACUGCAGCUAACCUGAGCGAAUGAUGUCUACCCCGUUGCUCUCAAGGUAAUCUAGACAGACGCAGCUGAAAGCCUGAAUCUUAUGCCUUAGACAUCAAAGAAAGCUCGCACAAAGAAGUAUUUCUUCGCAAGGGUGAAUCUUCAUGGUAAGUUAGGAUUUCUAUGGCAAUAGGCAAGUCAUACUUAAAUAGUGAAAGGCAAAGUCUGGAGCCCGUCCAGACUUUUCAUUAAGGACAUAAUAUUUACGUCUAACAGGCCCUUUUUCUUGUGUAUACAAGUAUAUAUUUUUGUUUGACGCGAACUAAAUCAUUUUCAUUUAAUUUCCGGUAAACAAAACCCACGCGAAUGGGCACUUGUUCCAGAUCAUAAUAAAAAUGGAUAAGAAUGUCAGGAAGAAAAGGCCCGCUUGAACCGUCGCGUCAGCUCACUUUUGUUUCUGCUUUCUGCCUUGGUCAGAGAAUGCGUUUGGGAUUUGAUGGCGAGUUUCUAAAGGCAAGGAAAUGGUUUUUAAGGGGGAAAAGAAAAGGAGAAAGGUCUAAUCAAGCUCGGGUUGUUCAAAGGGUCUGAUUUUGGGGUUGAAAGUGUGAGUUUUAUGGUGCAUCAACAUGCCACGUUAGGAUCGCUAUGGUAAUGAGGAGAGCAAUAGCAAGCGGCCUUCAAAGGAGGCACACUCCAUUUGAGACAGUCUAUUAAGAUACAUUUGCACUGACCUUUGGUUUCAUGCUAGCUUAAUACAGUCAAUCUGCUCUUCGUCAGAAAUAUACUUCCUCCGCCUAAUACACUUUAACAGACUGUUUUUGUUUGCUUUCACCCUAAGGUGGGGUUUGGUGUGGUAGUUUUGCACUGAAGUCAUUAUACCAAAAGGAGGGACUGCCAAGAAAGGGCAUGUACAUAAUCUGAGUUAGUGCUAACUCUCUUCAGAACAUGAGCAUUUCUAACCAGCUGACAUAUUUUUUUUCAGAAUCCAGACGAUCAAACAUUUCCAUUCAAAAAUGUCUCCAGUGUAAAAAAAAAUAUAUUGUGUGUCCUCCUCCCCCACCCUUCCCCAGUCCCCAGACAGUGAAGUUAGGAUGGGGAAUUAAAGGGACACUUGAGCUUUCUUAGUCUAAUGGUGUAAAGUGUAUCUAGCAAGGUAAAUAAGAACCUUUGGAUCAUAUCAUUAUUCCCUGGAAAAUAAAUAGGGAAAAGGCCUGACUAGAAGCUGUUGUGGAGGAAGUCCCCAGACCAAGGGGACACUGAUAGUGGCAGGUUUGGAAAGUGGAAAGUGCUUGAAGGGAUGAAGAACUUGACAUCCGCAUGGCUGAGGCCAUGGCCGAUGGGUUAUGGUCCCGGGAAAGUUAGAAGUCCUGUUCCAGUAAUUGUCUUGUUGUUUAUUUUAUCCAAGUACCCUAGUGAAUAGGGGAAAAAUAAACACGACGAAAAAAUUCAAACAGUUGAGUCGUCUUUAGUGCCAGCCCUUGUGAUUGAAUAAAAAGGAUGGUCCAAUUUCUAUUGAGCUGAGAAAUCUUUGAAGUGGGAGUUAUUAUCUGAGAAAUUCCUGCUUGUCGUCCUAACAACGCUGAUGAAACGUUAAAGGUUCUUUGUCAGCGAUUUGUUCUCCUUUCUGUCAAACUCACCCUGCCCGUUAGCUUUAAACCGUUUCUAAAGAGAUAAAAUCGAACUUUUAAAGAUAACUUUAGGGGCCGGGAGGAUACAGAAAAUGGCAAACUAUCUAAUCAUAUGUAUAUGCAUACAUACGUAUGUGUAUGUGUCUAUGUGUAUCUCUGUGUAUAGAUAUAUAGAUAUAUAUAUAGGUGUAUGUAUGUCCUGACUGCUCUAUAGUUCUCAGUUUUAAACGAUGUCCAUUUCUGCAUUUUAUCUCCUGAACUUUUCUGUCCAAUAAAUUAUUCCUACACAUUUGCUGCACGGAAUGCAAUUCUUGUGAAAAGGCAGAAAUGCAGUGUUUCAUUAACACUAGUCUGUAACCAGCAAGCGUUUUCUUUCCAGUAUAAUGAAUGCAACAGCAUACACUUAAGAGUAAAAGCUUUGAUAAUUUUAACAUUCGGGAUACCUAUUAAGCAUGUAUAUACUGCAAUGUACCGAAAUUGUUACGCAUUAAAACCGAUGGCUUCCAUAUGUUUCCAUGUUUUAUUGUCAGUAAGUGUAAAGAUAGUCAAACUGCAUCUCUUUGUAUCUUCAUUUUAUAAGCAUCACAGUGUACGAUUAUAUAAUGACCUUAUCAAGGUUUAUUGGGGGGGGGGGGUUAAAUUUUGAGAUCAUUAAAUACUUUUUUUUGUAAAAAGAAUCCCCUGAAGUUGUAACUCAUCAGUGUACUUUUAUUUUAGCUGCUACAGAAUGCUGUGAGCCCAAUCCUGUAAUUCUAAUAAUUCUCAUUGAUAUAAAUGGGAGUUUGCCUAAGUAAAGACUGAGCAAAACUGCAGUGAAGUGGGUCCUUUUUUAUUAAUUGAAGAUCCUCUCUUUUUUACGUUUAAGGGAAAAUAUAAUGAUCACAAAUGUAUCGUAAAAUGUAACUCGUCAAAACAAUUAAAAUGUUGGAAUAUUAUA